AUGAUAACGGACGUGAAGUUUGAGGCUCACAACCCCACGCCUUAUUCACUGCUGCCUCCAAGGCGCACACCUCUCGAGCAGACGUCUUCGUCUAUCCUCACAAACAUGAGCAUACCGAGUCCCUCACCGACACCCAAUGCUUCUGUGGCCACUGGUGAUGCCUCGAUAAGAUCAUCUAUCUCUGUAAAGGAUAGAUCGAUCAACAGUUUGCACAGUCGCGCACCCGCGUCACAGGAGCAGCGACAAUAUUCACUGCCAACCUUCCGUGAAGCAGAGCCGCCGCUGCCACUGAGGACGAACAGUGAUGCUCCUCCCUUGCGCCGCCCACACAGGGUGCCGCGUGACGUCGAGUAUGUCGUGAACGCACCUCUCCCGCCGUGUCGCGCCUCCCCGCAAGGGCUGACGCAGGAUUCACGGGGGGCGAGGACAGGCUUGGAUGACAACGGCGUGCAUGUGCACAUGUCAGAAACUGCCUUGAUGUCCAUUUUGCCCGUGGAGGCCACGCUUACGGUGGACACGACAGAUGGUCGGGUGCCAGCGGCAAAGAGAAGCUUCCCUACACUCCGCAUGCCUCAUCAAAAGCAGUCAGGCUCCCGAGCGAUACAUGGCCGCAGCGACAUCGGCAGCACCAGCACCCCGCCCUUCACCGGCGAGCAGAGAGCGCUGGACCCCAAUAUAACAGCGAUGCAGCCGGAGAGGGCCACCGCUCAUGCGACGCGAGCGAACGCUGUCACUGGGAGCGGCACCACACUUCAGCUCCAUUCCCCCUUGACCUCCGUCCCUUUCACAUCUCGCCACUCGGCCGUGACGGAGGUGCUGCGGCGGUCGCGGCCCGCGCCGUUGGCACACGCAGGCAGUUUGCAAUCUCGUGCGCUAGAUGCCCUCGGCCGCUCUGCUUUGCUUGGGUCGAUCUCCGAUACCUCUCGGAUACCCCCAACCGUCUCCAGCGCAUCCGAAGGCAACCAUCUGCUCGGGCUACUGAGUCCACACCCGCCAGCCUCGUUGAGACAACUCCACACCGAAGGGGUCAGCAGGGGUUCCGACGGCCGCUUGCACGUUCGGCCUCCGUGCUCGCCAUCGCGACCGCUGAGCUCUCUCAGCUGCGUGAUGAUCUGCGACACGCAGCACUUACCUCAGUCGGACAGUGAGUGCCUUUCCACACCAUCGUCGACGUGUCGCCGCUCGGCGUACAGCGUCAGCACCUCCCGAAACAUGCGUGAAAUGUUGCCCAUCAUCGACCCUUUCGUUGGUUGCGUAGAGAUGCCGAGCGCGGGCGUCCGCGCAAGACCGACGCGUCCUCACGGUCGUCGCACGCGUUCGGGCAUCGCAGACUUACUGACGAGUUUCAGCACCCCAGCCGGCACGACGAGCUCCAGCGACAGCGUCCUCGAGCACGGCGUCACGUCGAUGCGACGCUGUAACAGUGUCCGAGCGUGGUCGUUGACGAUCGAGCCUCCUCCCACCCGCAGCAGCGGGAGCGCCAGCACGGCCACUAUGCGCGUUGCCGAAACCAGUCCCGCAUUGAGCACAGCACCCUCGCCACCACCUUCCCUCUCCUCGGUCACCGAGGAAACAGAAGACCAAGCCCGUGAGAAGCGGCCCAGUCGCGACUCUCAGAAGACCUGCAAGGCACCUGCUCUGACCACGCCUCACUCACCGCAUGGCCCGACUGCGCACACCUUGACUUUGAAAGCGGCAAUCAGUGGCUACGGCGCGGCCCUGUCGGGCAUCACGGAGGCCGCCGCGGCAUGUGCGCGGAGGAAGUCCAUGGAGGACCACCAGAGGAAGCAGCUGCGCGGUAGUCGUGCCUUGCAGCAUCGCGGGCGUUCAGAAGUGCGCGGCGCGUCCAACAGCGUGGACUCGGUAACAGCCACCCCUGACACUGAUGCUGCCAGCUCCAUAGCUACCACACCAUCAUUCGCCUGCACGACGCCACCGCAGGGCAACACGACUCCGGCAAAGCGAAGCAGCUGCAGGUCCCUUUGCGCCUCAGUCAUCUCGCUGAACAACAGCGUCAUGGGCGCUUCGCCCGGAGUCGUCGCUUCGGCGGCCGUGACGACUACGUGCCAGUCGUCCCCGGCAACACCUGCGCCCCAGGGAGAACUGGAGACCGAUGCGCACCACCGAAGUUCGCUCCGCUCGCCAGAGAGGCAGCAGGUGGCCCCCUUUCUCCGCUCCGCUUCGAUUCUCUCGAUGCGCUCCUCGUCCCAGGAACGCAGCAGCCGAAGCACCGCCGCCGCCGGCGGUUGCAGUGGACACGGUGGGCGGGGGCACCUCGGCUCCAAGCUGCUAUCGUUUGUGAAGGUGCCGCCGCUUGUGUGCGGUGCGCAGGGGCUGUCCUUCUGCUCACUCACCGCCUCCGGUGUUCAAGCCUGGGUAGAGGAGGGUGCCAUAGAUGCGCCGCUUGACGUCUGCGUGACAACGGUGUCGUCGUUGCUCCGCAGGACCGAUUCGCAGUUGCGCACGGCAGACAGCAGCGUUUGUUGUGGCAGCAACCUGUUGCGGCUGAUCCCGCGCAGCUGCGAAUGCGCCGCCGGUGUGGGCAGCGUCCUUCGACCACGGAGCAGCUUCUGUUGCUCUCAUCUCGGCUUGUCAAGCAGGGCCAAGCGCUCCGGCUGCAGCUCCCUGCAGCUAACGCCACCACCGCCUGGCACCCCGGCCACCGCCACACACUUCACCAACAACGUCUCGUUCCACCGCACCAUCUUUGUCAACUCUUCCCCACGGUCAGUUGUGGGGGUGAGCGAGGACGAUGCAGCCUCAGUGACGACGACGACGACAACGACGACGACCACCGCAGCGCACUCCAUUACCCCCUCGAAGGCACGCGUGCUCCUGUCGCCGGUUGGACAGAGCAGCGCCUACCAGGAUGAAGAAGAGUCGGAAGUGCAGCGCAGCAUGAUGAUCGGCUUCGCUUCUGCUCAGGAGGCCACCAUUGCAACACGAACAGUGAGCGAGGAGAUGCAGCCGAGCGGCAUCGGUGUCAUGGGCGCGAUGCUUGAACAUCCGGAUGCGCCGCCGUUUGCCAAGGCUGCCAUUCAGCGUCUUCACAUGCGGUGCCCCCACCAACUACGACAAACCUUGUUGCACGACACGCACUCUCCGCCCGACCCCUUGCGCAGCGGCCGAGAUGACGCCGCCGCGGAAGUGCCGGUAGUGGUCACGACGACCACCUCUAUCCGCUCAUGCCGCUGCAUGGGUCAUUCUUGCAUGACUAAGCCGCAGAACUCCAGCGCUGCCGCAGCCGGCGCAGAUGAUCCGCGGUCCCAGGAGAAGUUCUCGGCAACGCCUUUGGAUGAGCAGGUGCGAACCGAGCAGUCGAGCGCGCCUCUCGUCCCGCCCCUUUGCCACGAGCGCUGCCACCUCUGCGACCUUCACAGGUACUCCCAGCAGCAACAGCGAACAACGACCGUGUUACUGGAGUCCGCGAACGCCAUCAAACCGCUACGACCGAACGCACGUGUGCCACGCCGCUUAGAGGAUGCAAGCAGGCCGGUGUCCGGUGGCCUAACAGCGACAGAGGUGCACCUCCCCAAGGUACUAGUGGUCAAGCGGCCCGACCCACGCUUCUCCAUCAAGCGCCUGCUCGGUCUGUGA